CCUGCCUUGAUGGAGCUGGCUAGAGAACACCUAGUGUGGGUCAAAGAUCUCAUGAAUGACUCAGGCACUGGUUGGAAUUCCUGGUUAGUCAACCAAGUCUUUGAUCCUGGGGACAGCUCUGCUAUUCUGGCCAUCAAUACACUCAAACCAAAUCACCCUGAUAGGCUGUACUGGAAGCUGGACAAGAAGGGCCUUUUCUCUGUUGCCAGCACAUAUUCUUUCCUCGCACACCAAAAGCUCCUUGCUUUGGACAUCCCUAGUAGCAGCUCCUCUCCAGGUACUCUCUGUGUUGGUCUCUCUAGAUGCUGGAAAAUUAAAGUGGCUGGAAGACUUAAACACUUCAUAUGGAAAUGCAUAAAUGGUACACUUCCUGUCAUGACCAAGUUGUGGAAGAAAGGUCUAGACAUUGAUGUAAUCGACAAAACUUGUGGUUCAGAAGCAGAGACUAUUGAACAUAUACUAUUUCAGUGCCCUAAAGCCUGUAGAGUUAUGGACUGCCCCGAUAGAUAUCGUGUAGUUUGUGCUCAGCUUCAGCUCACUGGUGAUGCUAGGCUUUGGUGGAAUGCCUACUGGAGCAUGCGUCCCGGUGAAAAAGCGGGUUGUACAUGGGACAUGUUCAAGGAUCUAGUCCGCGAAAAGUACUACCCUUCCUACUAUCGGGCAGAGAUGGAGCGUCAGUUCUUAGCGCUUCAGCAGGGCACUCGUACUGUUGAUGAGUAUGAGCGAGAGUUCACUAGACUUGCAGCUUUCGUACCGGAUCUGGUUCGCACGGAGGCUCAGAGAGCGCAGCGGUUCAUCGACGGGCUCUUCCCAGCAGUCCGUCACAACAUCGUGGGACACGGGACUCAGACCUACGCUCGUGCAGUUUCUAUCGCCCAGGAGGUGGACGCUAGCAUCAGGAGGGAGGCAGUUUGUGAUCGUGCCCAGCCAUCUGCUCCAGUUCAGCCAUUCACAGCUCCACCAGCUCUACCAGCUCCUCAGCCGGCAAAGGAGAAGAAGAGAAAGGGGAAGGGUGCACAGACUGACCGGGCAGAGACAGCAGCCGAUUUCACCAUGCCCGACAUGCGGACGACUUCACAGGGGAGAGUGCCGU